CUGCCGCCCGAUGAAUGGAGUCGCCUUCUGCCUGGUCGGGAUCCCGCCCCGCCCGGAGCCCCGGCCCCACCAGCUGCCACCAGGCCCGAGAGAUGGGUGCUCUGCUGGGCGCCCCCUCCCCUGGCAGGGGCCAAGGACGCUGCUGCUGCACAAAAGUCCCCAGGAUGGCUUCGGCUUCACCCUGCGCCACUUCAUCGUGUACCCGCCCGAGUCGGCCGUGCACUGUAGCCUGAAGGAGGAAGACAAUGGAGGCCGGGGAGGAGGACCCUCCCCCCGGCACCGCUUGGAGCCUAUGGAUACCAUCUUUGUCAAGAAUGUGAAGGACGAUGGCCCUGCCCACAGGGCGGGGCUGCGCACAGGUGAUCGGCUAGUGAAGGUGAAUGGGGAGAGUGUCAUCGGGAAGACCUACUCCCAGGUCAUAGCUCUGAUCCAGAACAGCGAUGACACUCUGGAGCUCGCCAUCAUGCCCAAGGAUGAGGACAUCCUCCAGCUGGCCUACUCCCAGGACGCUUACCUGAAGGGGAACGAGCCCUAUUCUGGAGAGGCCCGCAGCAUCCCAGAGCCACCCCCGAUCUGCUACCCUCGCAAGACCUACGCCCCGCCAGCCCGGGUCCCCUGGGCCACUAUGGUGCCUGAGCCCAUCUCAGCACUGCCCAGUGACCCCCGGAGUCCUGCUGCCUGGAGGGACCCCGGGCCCCGCGCCCCGUCUGCCGCCCGUGCACAUCUGGACAACUCUUCCUUGGGGAUGAGCCAGCCCCGCCCCAGCCCUGGUGCCUUCCCCCACCUCCCCCCAGAGCCCCGGACGCCUCGUGCCUUCCCGGAGCCUGGCAGCCGGGUACCUCCCAGCAGACUGGAGUGCCAGCAGGCCUUGUCACACUGGCUGUCGAACCAGGUCCCCCGCAGGGGGGGGGAGAGACGGUGCCCGGCCAUGCCUCCUCGGGCCCGCAGCGCCUCCCAGGACCGGCUGGAGGACGUGACUGCCCAGCGCCCAUGGCCCUGCUCCACCUCCCAGGAUGCCUUGAGCCAGCUGGGCCAGGAGGGCUGGCACCGAGCUCGCUCAGACGACUACCUGAGCCGGGCCACCCGCUCAGCCGAGGCCCUGGGGCCAGGGGCACUGGUGUCACCCCGCUUUGAGCGCUGCGGCUGGGCUUCACAGCGUUCCUCUGCCCGCACGCCUGCCUGCCCGCCACGGGACCUGCCGGGGCCCCAGGCCCCACCCCCACCUGGCCUGCAGGGCCUAGACGACCUUGGCUACAUUGGGUACCGGAGCUAUAGCCCGUCAUUCCAGCGCCGGACUGGCCUCCUGCACGCACUCUCCUUCCGGGACUCCCCCUUUGGGGGGCUGCCCACCUUCAGCUUGGCCCAGUCCUCUGCACCAUUCCCACCGGAAGCCUCCGAACCACCCAGAGUGGUCCGGCCGGAACCCAGUCCCCGGGCCCUGGAGCCUCCCACCGAGGAGCGCCGUGAUGAGGUGGUCCUGAGGCAGAAGCCUCCGACGGGCCGCAAGGCCCAGCUGACCCCUGCACGACAGAUGAACCUUGGAUUUGGUGACGAAUCCUCAGAGCCCGAAGCCAGUGGGCGAGGGGAACGCCUGGGCAGGAAGGUGACCCCUUUGGCCACCACCGAAGACUCUCUGGCUUCCAUUCCCUUCAUUGAUGAGCCCACCAGCCCCAGCAUCGACCUCCAAGCCAAGCACGUCCCUGCCUCCGCUGUGGUCUCCAGUGCCAUGAACUCGGCUCCUGUCCUGGGCACCAGCCCGUCCUCCCCAACCUUCACCUUUGCCCUGGGCCGGCAUUACUCACAGGACUGCAGUAGCAUCAAGGCUGGCCGGCGCCUGCCACACCGAGUGCCCAGCCUGCGGAUGCUGCGGAGCUUCUUCACUGACGGGUCCUUGGAUAGCUGGGGUGCCUCCGAAGAUGCUGAUGCGCCUUCUAAACGACACUCGACCUCUGACCUCUCGGACGCGACCUUCAGUGAUAUCCGGAGAGAAGGCUGGCUGUGUUAUAAGCAGAUCCUCACCAAGAAGGGGAAGGCUGAGGAUCGGGAUGACAUGCUGGGCUGGAUCAGAGCGAUCCGAGAGAACAGCAGGGCCGAGGGCGAGGACCCCGGCUGUGCCAACCAAGCUCUGAUCAGCAAGAAGCUUAAUGAUUACCGCAAAGUGAGCCAUAGCUCUGGGCCCAAGGCCGAUUCUUCCCCUAAGAGCUCUCGUGGCUUAGGGGGUCUCAAGUCUGAAUUCCUUAGGCAGAGUGCGGCACGUGGCUUCAGGACGCAGGACCAGCCCGCAGGGAGCAAGGAUGAUAGUACUGCCACCCCCAAAACUCCCUGGGGCAUCAACAUCAUUAAGAAGAACAAGAAGGCAGCCCCGAGGGCAUUUGGGGUCCGGCUGGAGGAGUGCCAGCCUGCCACAGAGAACCAGCGUGUCCCCCUGAUUGUGGCCGCUUGCUGUCGCAUUGUGGAGGCCCGGGGGCUAGAGUCCACAGGCAUCUACAGAGUGCCCGGCAACAAUGCAGUGGUGUCCAGCCUGCAGGAGCAGCUCAACCGUGGGCCCAGUGACAUCAACCUGCAGGACGAGCGCUGGCAAGACCUGAAUGUGAUCAGCAGCCUGCUCAAGUCCUUCUUCCGGAAGCUGCCCGAGCCUCUCUUCACCGACGACAAAUACAACGACUUCAUCGAGGCCAAUCGCAUUGAGGACUCCCGGGAGCGGAUGAAGACGCUACGGAAGCUGAUCCGAGACCUUCCAGGACACUACUACGAGACACUCAAAUUCCUGGUGGGCCACCUCAAGAUCAUCGCUGACCACUCGGAGAAGAACAAGAUGGAGCCCCGGAACCUGGCCCUGGUCUUCGGGCCAACGCUGGUGAGGACGUCUGAGGACAACAUGACAGACAUGGUGACCCACAUGCCUGACCGCUACAAGAUCGUGGAGACGCUGAUCCAGCACUCAGACUGGUUCUUCAGCGAGGAUGAGGACAAGGGAGAGAGAACCCCUGUGGAUGACAAGGAGCCCCAGUCAGUGCCCAACAUCGAGUACCUCCUGCCCAACAUCGGCAGGACAGUGCCCCCUGGUGACCCAGGUUCAGAUUCCACCACCUGCAGUUCAGCCAAGUCCAAGGGCUCGUGGGCCCUCAAGAAGGAGCCGUACACCAGGGAGAUGCUGGCGAUCUCCUUCAUCUCGGCGGUCAACCGCAAGCGGAAGAAGCGGCGGGAGGCACGGGGACUGGGCAGCAGCACCGACGACGACUCGGAGCAGGAGCUGGGUGGAGGGAGUCCCCCGGAGCCCGUGGGCCCGCGGCCGCACAGUGACAACAAGGACUCCGGCCUCAGCAGCCUGGAGUCUACCAAGGCGCGGGCCCCAUCGUCCGCCGCCUCGCUGCCUCCCGCGUCCGGGGACCCGGGAGCCCUACAGAACCAGCCCCUGCGACGCUCCGUCGCCUCCCGCCUCCAUCAGUGUCUGUGA